CGUGGGUAAUUCAUCACCACGGCGUCGUCUGCUCUAUAUUUUAGGCUGCUCGCUGUUAACGGUAUUCAAAGUUCGAAUGAAAAUGGAUUUAUCUGAGGAAGAAAUGCUUGAAUUUUUUGAUGACUUUGAUGACGAGAUAGAAGGAAAAUGGGGCAUAUCUGUAGUAGAAAUCGACUACGGAAGUGUUGAUUGCAAGAAGACACUGCAGACUGCAUUGAAUGAUUCGAACAUCACAUUAAAUCAGGAAUCACCACUAUGGGCAGAUGUUAUAGCGGAUAUGAUGGAAAUUUUUAGGGAAGAAUCCAGAAGUAAAAUGACAGCUAAAUACAUUGAAAAAUUGCAAAAGCCAUAUUCGAACAAUUCUGAAAUCUCUCAUUUGGACCUAAAACGCAUAAUCAAAACUGCAGCACCGAAAAAUAUAAAAGAAGCGUUUCAAGUAACUGAGCCAUUCAUGCAAACGUCAAUAACCAAAGGCGACAAAAAGGUGAUUGAGUACCUAGCUGGGGGAUUGCAAAAAUGGUGAAUAAAGCGUCUAGGUGGAGAAGGUGCUUUCUGGUGCCAAAACCAAGCUUCGAUGCGUGAUCUUCCCAAUUGCUUUGAAGAGCGCAAUAGAGGCGGUCUCAUAUCAGCAUCCGAAACAUUUGUUCUCUUCCUAAUCUCUGUGGAACGCCAAUUCCGGUCUCAAGUAUGCAAAAGGGUAGUAGAUGAACGGCGUAUUAUUCUGACCAUUCCUGUGAGAAGAUUUAUUUGAACAAGGGCCCAUAUCCAUUGUAAACUGCAGAACAAUGUUUCGAAAAGAAAAUAUGGACCCAAAUCAUAUGGACUUCGCGAUGGUUUGAAAAAUUGUUUUUCCAAAUAAUCUCAUUAUUACACUAUAAUAAAAAUUGGCCAACAGAACAAUU